UAUGGGCAAGUAAGCAUGACAACCCUUGACGUGGGGGUUUCUAAAAACAGCCUGUGACACUCAGUGGAUUGCCAGCUAGGGAUCCGUUCGAAGAAACUUUGAGGACAGCAACGAGCGCCUGAGCAGGCCCAGUGACUCUGCAUUGUUCAAAAGGAGUAGACAUCUUUGAUAUUUGCCAAGUUAGUUCUUUAGGGAUUGGGGGACCAUUGGGGGACCAUUUGUUGGUAUCCCUAAAGACCAGUAGUGUUUUUGUUUUUCCACUGUGCAAUGAGUAUCUCUCUGGGGUAUUCACAUUCCACAAAGCAAGACAGCACCAUGGACAGCUUGGAGAAACAGCUCAUUUGCCCUAUCUGUUUGGAGAUGUUUACCAAACCGGUGGUCAUUCUCCCUUGUCAACACAACCUUUGUCGAAAAUGUGCCCAAGAUAUUUUCCAGGCCUCAAACCCUUAUCUAUCGACCAGAGGAACCACUGUGACUUCAGGGGGGCGUUUCCGCUGCCCAUCCUGCAGACAUGAGGUGGUCCUGGACAGGCAUGGUGUCUACGGCCUCCAGAGGAACCUGCUGGUGGAGAAUAUCAUUGAUAUGUACAAACAGGAACAGGAGUCCUCAAGCAGCAAGCCUGAGCCUGAGCCUGCCAGGUGUGACCAGCCCAUGUGUGAGGAGCAUGAGGAUGAGAAGAUAAACAUCUACUGUGUGACGUGUGGCGUGCCCACCUGCUCUCUCUGCAAGGUGUUCGGAGCCCACAAAGACUGUGAUGUGGCCCCAAUCAACACUGUGUUCAAUAAGCAAAAGACUGAAUUGACUGACUGUAUAGCCAUGCUAGUGGGGAACAACGACAGGAUUCAAGGCAUCAUGAGUCAACUGGAUGAGACCUGUAAGACCGUUGAGGAGAAUGGCAGGAGGCAGAAAUCCAAUGUGUGUGAAAGUUUUGAUCACCUUUAUGCCAUCCUGGAGGAGCGGAAAGGGGACAUGACCCUGAAGAUCAACGCAGAGCAACAGGAGAAACUGGACUAUAUAAACGGCCUCAUGAGGAAGUAUAGAGAGCACCUGGAGAACAUGGCAAAGAUCGUGGAGACAGGGAUACAGACAAUGGAGGAGUCAGAGAUGGCUACUUUCCUGCAGACUGCAAAGCCUCUUCUACAAAAGCUCAUUGCAGGCACUAACAUCUCCAACCUGGACAAAGUGGAGCGUGGCUAUGACAACAUGGAUCACUACACAGCCAACUUUGAGCGGGAGAGGAGGGCACUGCACACCAUAGACUUUGUGAAAGAUGAUGAAGAUGAUGAUGAGUUUGAGUUUGAAGAUGGAGAAGAGGAAGUAGAAGUGAGUGGAGUGACAGGGGUGACCCGUACAGAUGUCUCUCCUGCUGCUGCAGUGGCGGCAACGGUUGGGGCCAACCCUCCAAAGCCCCAGCUGACAUCACCCCCACCCCUGCCUCAGAGACCUACUGAAACCCUAGGCGACACCGCUACACUGUCCACUCCACAGGCCCCUGUCCAUGCAACAACCCCGGUACAAUUCCCAUCCUUAAACCCAACCCCAACUGCUAGCGCACAGGCCCGCGCCACAACCCCAGUCUACUUCCCAACUUCAACCACAACACCAGUUCAGUUCCCAAACACAGCCCCAGUCAACUUCCCAUCAGCAGAGCCACCGACACAGAUGUCCUCUGAAUCGGGAUCAACUCAGCAAAACACAGAUGACAAAGAUGGACCCAAACACGUCUUCUCCUUUUCUUGGCUGAACAACCAGAAGUAGAUUAUCAUCUUACCUCAAGACCGUACUGAAAUUGUUGUAAUACUCCAUUGUCUUGAUUGAGUCAGCAUCCUGCUGCAGGAACGGUUUAAAUAAGUGCUCUGUUACCGUUGAACAACUGUAAUUUAUCUGUAAAUGCUCUCUAGCACUUGCAGUAUAUUCGUCAUACUGUGAAAACAAACGUCAUUGGGCUGAUCUCUGACUUGAGAAAACUGUGCUUAAUUUGGCACACCUUUGCGCAAUAGAUUUCCGUGCCAGUCAGAAGAACAGCCAGAAUGUAUUCAUA